GCAUAUCCGACUUGUGGUAGUGGUGGUUUUCCACUUUCAACUCCAUUCUCAGUUCUCUCUCACCUGAACCUCAAAACUGUGAAACACACAAAAAAGUAAAGCUUAGCCCACCAAUAAUCAUGUUCUGAAAUAUGAAGUUUCUCUACUGUUUCUCAUUUCGUAGAAGAUAGUAAGGAAGGAAAUGGCUUUGGCUUUGUCACAUAUUAAACCAUCCUGCCAUUAUUCGUUCUCUCGUGACACAUCAUCCGUACCAUCUUCUUCAUUCAACUACCGGCCGGCAGUUAUUCUUCCAGGCUUGGGGAACAAUUCUGGUGAUUACCAAAAGUUGCAGCUUACUUUGAGAGAGUAUGGAAUUGAAACUGUGGUUGCCAAUGUCUCCAGGGUUGACUGGCUGAGGAAUGCUGCCGGCUUGGUCGACCCGAAUUACUGGCGGGGAACUCUCCGCCCCCGCCCCGUGCUCGAUUGGUAUUUGAAGAGAGUUGAUGAGGCUGUACAAGAAGCCAAGGAGUUGUCACAAGGUGGGAGUUUAUCCCUGCUUGGACACUCAGCUGGAGGAUGGCUUGCACGCGUCUAUAUGGAAGAAUUUGGGCUGUCCCAUAUUUCCUUAUUACUGACUCUUGGAACCCCCCACCUGCCGCCUCCAAAUGGGGCAACAGGAGUUAUUGAUCAAACAAGGGGCCUCCUCAAUUACGUUGAAAAACAUUGCUCAAAAGCUGUUUACACGCCUCAGUUGAAAUAUGUAUGUAUUGCAGGAAGGUAUAUCCAAGGUGCUCGUUUGUUUGGAAACUCAAAUGAUGCAAAUGCUGAAGGUGAGGUUGCCAUGGAAAGUGCAGGAACAACAGCAGAGGUUGCCUUCCCCGCGUCCGCGACAAUGAGCCCCAGUUUGCGGUCUCGCUUCGUUGGGCAAGGCUACAAGCAGGUUUGUGGGAGGGCGGAUGUUUGGGGCGACGGAGUGGUACCAGAAGAAUCAGCGCAUUUGGAGGGGGCUCUCAAUAUAAGCUUGGAUGGAGUUUACCAUUCUCCUGUUGGCUCAGACGAUACUUCAAGACCCUGGUAUGGUUCCCCCGCUGUUGUCGAGCAAUGGAUCCAUCACCUGCUCACCUAAAGUGUUGUAGUAACAAUAACGCUAAUACAUUCAUUUGGAUGUCAUAGAAAUACAUAAGUCAUUUGUUAUUUUAUUUUAUAUAUUUAUCAAAUUGAUUAUGG